AUGGAUAUCCCACUAGGAUUUGAACUAACUGAUGAUCCUCAAAAAGCGUACAGGCUCAAAAAGUCACUAUAUGGUCUGAAGCAAUCUCCAAGAGAUUGGUUUGACAGGUUCACAAAAGCAGUAAAACAAGAAGGGUAUGGGCAAUACCAAUCAGAUCAUACACUUUUUGUUAAACACUGCAUCUCAGCCCCGUCAAAAAGGGAAAUUUUAGUAUCACAACGAAAAUAUGUUCUUGAUUUCCUGAAAGAGAUCGGAAUGCUCGGAAGUAAACCUGCUGACACAUCUAUGGAUCCGACCGUAAAACUUGGAUUCGACAUCAGUGAUAAAAAGGUUGAUAAAGAAAGCUCUUUUUCAGAAUUUGUUGAGGCUGGAAGGAGGUCAGGCAUUCUUUUAACACUAUUCCAGUAUUCUGAGAAAAUAAGCAGCCCAGCGACAUGCUUUGAGGCCCUCCAGGCCCUUAGAGCUGUGUCACACAAUUACCCAAACUUGAUGUCAGCAUGUUGGGAACGGGUAUCUGGCAUUGUAUAUAAAAUUUUGACUGCUGCUACUUCUGAGGUUUCUCCUAGGACAUGGAGGGGACAAGUUGGAAAUACUAGCGGAUGUAUUGGGGAAAAAGUCAUUGCAGCUGCAAUUAAGGUUUUGGAUGAAUGCCUUCGUGCAAUAUCUGGAUUUAAAGGAACAGAGGAUCUUUUAGAUGAUAAAUCAUUUGAUACCCCAUUUACUUCUGAUUGCAUGAGAACAAAGAAAGUGUCAUCAGCUCCAUCAUAUGGAUCAGAGAAUUUUGACUGUUCUAAAGAACCAAAAGCAUGCCAAUCAGCAAAUGUGCAGUGGUCUGAGGCAAUUGAUAACCAUGUACCUCUGGUUUUGCAUCACACUUCUGCAAUGGUGAGAACUGCAUCUGUUACUUGCUUUGCUGGAAUUACUUCGUCUGUGCUCUUCUCGCUUACAGAGGAAAGAAGAGUCUUUAUCCUAUCUUCUGUGAUGAGAGCUGCUUUUCAUGAUGAUGCUCCUUCAGUUAGGUCAGCUGCAUGCCGAGCCAUUGGUGUCAUUUCAACUUUUCCUGAAAUAUCUCAGUGGAUUGGCGGGAAUGGGAUGGCUAAUUUGUUUGCUAGGGUGCUUGGGUACAAAGCGGUUAGGUUCCCCAUGAAGUACUUGGGUAUACCUUUGGGGGCUAAAUAUAAAGGCACUACCUUUUGGGAGCCGACUGUGGAAUUAUUUGAGAGGAAGCUUGUAGGGUGGAAGCGUAACUUCCUUUCAAAGGAUGGUAGAUAUACCUUAAUCAAAAGCACUUUGGCCAACCUUCCCAUUUAUUAUCUUUCUAUCCUUUCGAUACAAGCAAAGGUGGCCAAGAGACUAGAAUCAAUUCAAUGCUGCUUCCUCUGGGGGGAUGAUGAUGGGAAACACAAGUGCCAUUUGGUUAAAUCAAAUGCUGUGAGGGCUCUUGGCAAUAUCUCCAGGUUUGUCAAAUUCACAAGUUCACCUGCUGUGCAUAAUAAUCGUUUCAACUGUACGCGUUCAUCUUUGACACUCAACAAUGCCGAGUUGCUGCCAGGAAGCAGCUGCAAAGAUAGUCUUGUGUGUGGAUCAAAUUUGUAUCAUCCAACAUCUUUCAGAGAUUCACGUUGGCUAGAGAAAAUGGUGCAGGCUUUUCUUUCUUGUGUUGCGACUGGUAAUGUUAAGGUACAGUGGAAUGUUUGUCACGCGUUCAGCAACCUGUUUUUAAAUGAGACAAUAGAGCUGCAAGAUAUGGACUGGGCUCCAUCUGUUUUCAGUAUCCUUCUAUUAUUACUUCGUGAUUCUUCUAACUUCAAAAUCAGAAUACAAGCUGCUGCUGCUUUAGCUGUUCCAGCAUCAGCAAUUGCUUAUGGGAAGUCCUUCUCAGAUGUUGUUCAAGGUGUGGAGCAUAUACUUGAGAAUGUAAGUUCAGACAAGGUAUCUGCGCCAUCAAAUUUCAAAUACAGGAUUGCACUCGAGAAGCAGUUAACCUCAACCAUGUUGCAUGUUCUCAGCCUUGUUUCUAGCACAGAUUACCAGCCUCUGAAAGACUUUCUUGUUAAAAAAGCGUCAUUUCUGGAGGAUUGGUUAAAGUUGCUGUGUUCAUCAUUGGGGAAGUCCAAUAUUCAACCCGGUACCAUAACUAAUUCUGUUGGGAGUCAGAAGAAAGAAAUGAUAUCUGAAGCAAUUAGAUCGCUAGUUGAAGUAUACAAGUGCAGAAAUCAAAGUGUGAUAGCUCAGCAAUUCGAGAACCUAAAAAGCAGCAUGGAGCACGAAGCAGUCAUCUAGGCAACAUUGUUCAGUUUGUUUCUCAUAGUGUUUUCUGAGUUGGCUAACUUGGCUGCAGGUCCUCCAUUUCUUCAUAAAAAUCUCCAGGGUGGAGGGAAGGAGGGCUAGAACUCAUUGGAGCCCUUGAAGAUGGUGACAUCGAGGGGUAAUCGAGUUAAUUUAAUCCAUGCUACAGUUUACAUCUUAGACUCUAGAUGCUUGUGAAUUUGAAUGUGAAGUAGAUAGAUGGGUUGGUCCUACUCUGUAAAAUUUCUUUUGUUUUAUCUGUACACGUUGUAUAGCUAGUAUAUGUGAUUGGAUUUUGUUGAAUUCUCAAGCCGGAAGGAACCAGUAUUGACUAUCCUUCCACAGUUUUUACAGCUUACUUAGUAAUAUUACCCUUGUAUUAUUGUAAAUCUUUUAUUUAAACCCUUAAAA